CACGAUCACCAUUUUCAAGCCCUAACUCAUUUCUUCUUCCCACGAUCACCUUCUCCAAGCCCUCACCCACGUUUUCCUCAACUUACAUUGUCAUCCUCCCUUAUUUUUUUUCUAUAUAAAUGGCAACCACUAGAAGUGGUUCGAAAUCACCAUCUCCGGCCAAGAAACACCCUAAAAAAUCUAAGAAGCCUCCAACUGUUACUUCCAAAGUCGAAGCUAAGAUGGGGUUAAAAAAAAUUGCUAAGAAAUUAGUGGGUAAUGUUCCAGAGACAUCGGGCACUAAGAAAAGAGCCCUUCCAGUUAAGGUCGAUGCUCCUAAGCCUAAGAGAGCAAAAAUUUCCAAGUCUGCACGCGAUGUUUCCUCAGAUUCUGAUUUUGAGGAUGAAGUGCGUGUUGAGGACCAAAAGCCUAAACUUAAAUUGAAGGCCACUGUUAAGGAUUUUUAUCUUGUUGGUCGUGAGCUUAAAAAAGCUGCUUUGCAAAAUCUCAGAUUUGAACCGGUUUAUCUUCCAAAGGAAUCUCAAGGUUUCGAUGGGAAGUUUUCAAAUUUGGACAAGGCUUUGGUCUGUAUUUAAGACGACCAAAAGAAAAUUUUAUUAAGUAUUAAAAAUUAUAAGGAUGAGUUCAAUAUUAAAUUUGAUGAAGUGAUUGAACUAUUGAAAAGCAAGAAGGGGUCAUAUGUGCCCAAAGAUUGUGAGGAGAAGGUUGAAUAUUCUUGCUAUGAUAAUAAUGAUGUUGGUGGGAAUGACAAUGAGUUUUCCGAUUCGCCGUCUCCCGAGGUUGUGUCAAAAUCUAAUCUUCCUAAAUAUGAUGACGAUGAAGGUGGGCUGCAAUUGUCACUCGUUCGGGAAGAUAAGGUUGUAUGUUUGUUUCUUUGUUAUAAAGGAUGUGUUUAUUAUAACUGGUUUUUUUAGAUUGUAAGUUUAAUUGAUUUGUGUUUUUAUUCCAGGUUCACUCUGGCUUAGGUGAGGGGAGGGAUGAGGGCGGUGUUUUUCCGUAUGAAACGAUUACAGUCGACCAAUCCAUUUUGGAUUUGGUUGAUAGAAUCAUUCGGGCAUAUUCUUUCCCACUUAGUGCAAAGAAUGAGAAAUGAGAUUUGGUGUCAAUUCCUGAAUCUGCAUCCCCUGCUGUGGAAGAUGAGAUUGAGGUUCUAGAUGUUAUGCCUUUGCAAUCCAGUGUUGCUUUCAAGAGACAAGCAAAACCUGGAUUGUAUUGUAGAUCUCCGUUUGUCAACGAGUUUGGUUCUUCUGAACCAAAAAUUCAGAAUAAGAAGGAUAAGGAGGCAUCUAGUGAAUUAGCUUUUGACCCUAAGGAGUUGUUUCCCUUUAUUGGGAAGAACACCGACCCUGAUGAUUGCGGGGAUAUGUUAAGUGGAUUGAAAGUGCUCGGUUGAUGAAGAAGAAGUAUGUUUUUUAUUGUUAUGUUAUUAUUUUUGUUUUUAAUAGUUGCUUAGAUUUGUUUUUUAACUGUUUUUUUUUUCAUUUUGUUUUUUUUUUCUUUGUGAUUUCAGGAACAAUGAGAAAACAGGUGGCGACAUCAAUCCUCCCUUUGAUUUUAGCAUAACUCAGAUUGAUGACAAGUCUUGGUUUGUGAUUUUACAGACUUGUGGUAAAGAAUUGACUGAUUUGGUAUUUAACUGGCGACAUCAACCCGUGAGGAGAAGCAGACAAGCCUCUGAAGAUUUUCUCGGUAGUCGAACAUAGCCUCCAAAACACUCUUAGAGGUCGAGUAAACCAACAGGCUAUGGUCGUCAUGUCCAAUUACGACAGACUACCUCAACUACUAACUUUUAGAACUCGGUGAAAAAGUGGUCGCAAUCGUCAAUAAACCAAUUCCUAAUUAGAGUUCAAAAAUAACAGUCCUUACAGCUGGAACGAGAUAAAUGCAUUACACAUACAAUUCAAUAAAUCAUCUCAAAUUAAUUUCAAAACUCCCGAAUCUGAACUACAUUUGGCGAUCUCAGAUGUAUUGAUAUCAAUAGUGAGUCAUUAUUUCGAUGAAUCAUUUUUUUGGAGAGAAAAAUACUAUGUAAUUGUAAACACUAUUAUCCAUGUACUCUCAGCAAAAAUUUAUAAUCAACAACUAUUUUUUAUCAUAAAUAGUAAUUAUCUGUUUGGUUUAAUUUUCUUUGAAA